AUUGUACUUGCUAUAAAUUCACACAGAAAGAAAACACCUCUUAAUUCUCUCCACUCUCCACAGCAAACGAAGGUGAGGAAGUAGAAGAAGGAAAUGGCGACAGUACCAGGUCAACUCAUUUGGGAGAUUGUGAAGAAGAACAACUCUUUCUUGGUGAAAGAGUUUGGUAGGGGCACUCAGAGCGUGCAGUUCAGCAGAGAACCCAACAAUCUCUACAACCUCAACUCCUUCAAGUUCUCUGGUUUGGCAAACAAAAAGACUGUUACUAUUCAACCUGCGGGUAAAGAUCAGUCUGUGUUGCUAGCAACAACCAAGACAAAGAAGCAAAACAAGCCUGUUGCAUUGUAUCACAAGUCUGUCAUGAGGAAGGAGUUUAGGAGGAUGGCAAAGUCAGUGCAAAAUCAGGUAGCAGAUAACUACUACAGGCCUGAUCUCAAAAAUGCAUCUCUCGCAAGAUUGAGUGCUGUCAAUAGGAGCCUCAAAGUUGCCAAGUCUGGUGUGAAGAAGAGAAACAGACAAGCUGUGAAGGUCCCUGGAGAGAAGAGUUAAAUUGCAUUCUACAUUUCUACCAUCGUUUUUUUCCCUUUUCUAGUAUGUGUUCCAAAACUCGAUUCGAGAUUCGGAGUUUUGUUUGAAAUGGAAAUAUUGUGUUUUCAAUAUACAACUGGAACUAUGUUAUAGCUUUCAACCGGGAUUUAUUAUUUUGAGCAAAUGAUUGAAGGAUGUUCAUCUUGUCACCCGUCAAUUGACAAUGAAGGCUGAAUCUUUAAAGCUGGACACGGGCAAGAUUUUGAAGAACUACACUCAAUGUUUUCCAUAUGGAUUACUUGUUUUUAUUAGCCCUGCAAUUUAACCAUUUUGGCAACAAUGAGAACAAAUCCCUGAAAGCAUGCUUGGUUUUCUGUAUGAAUUAAAAUCAACUAUAUAUUCACUCG